CUCUCUCUCACUUUCUCUCUCUCACUUCAUGACAUCCCCUCUUUCUGUUGGUAAAAACAGAAUCAAUCUUGGAAAGUGAAAAUCGCCUCUUUUCUUCACCCCCUCUAUCCUCUCCAUUGGAUGAAGGAAUUUAGGACCGUUCACUCCUCCUUCUUCUGUCUUUCCUGGAAAGCAGCUGUUUCUUCCUUGCCUCCUUUGAUUUCCUUUUUGGAGAUUCUUUUUUUUUUCAGGUUUCCGCUUUGUAGAUCCUGUGUUCUGUGAGGUUGCCACCUUUUUAUUUUACUUUUUUAUGAGCCAACGAAUUGAUUGAGGAGAAUAACAAGAGUCUCUAAAAGAAUUGAAAGAAGAGAGAGAGAGGUGUGGAAGAAGCUGGUACUGCCAUAUUUACAGAAAGUGCUCGUCCCUCUGCUGCUCUUCUUCUUCAGGGUGUCCCGCUCAGUCCAGCCGGGAUCAUGUCCACACCGGUGUCUCCGUCUCCUUCUCUGUCUCCUCUGGCUCUAUCGUCUCCGUCUCCGUCCUCGUCUCCCCUCCCGUCCCCUCUGUCUCCUCCACCCAGACUGCCAGUCUUCCAGAGGAAAGGAGCUCUCAAGCACAAAAGGGUGAUUGAGGUGAAGGACCACCAGUUUACGGCCCGCUUCUUCAAGCAGCCCACCUUCUGCAGUCAUUGCACCGAUUUCAUCUGGGGGAUCGGAAAGCAAGGAUUCCAGUGUCAAGUCUGCAGCUUUGUGGUGCACAAACGCUGCCAUGAAUUCGUCACUUUCACUUGUCCAGGAGCCAUCACUGCUCCCAAACCAGAGGAUCUGAAGAGCAAACACAAGUUUAAAGUGCACACGUACUCCAGUCCCACGUUCUGUGAUCACUGCGGUUCACUGCUCUAUGGCCUCAUACAUCAGGGCAUGAAAUGUGGCUGUUGUGAUAUGAAUGUCCACAAGCGCUGUGAGAGCAGUGUACCCAGUCUCUGUGGACAAGACCAUACCGAAAAAAGAGGACGGAUCCGACUGACCGUCCGUGGAGAAAAGGAGGACAUUUAUAUUACAGUUCAUGAAGCGCUUAACCUCAUACCCAUGGACCCCAACGGCCUGUCGGACCCUUAUGUGAAGCUCAAACUCAUCCCUGAUCCAAAGAGCCACAGCAAACAGAAAACUAAAACCAUCCGUUCCACACUCAACCCCAUCUGGAACGAGAGCUUUACUUUUUCAGUGCGGGGCAGACAGUGGGACAGGCGUUUGUCUGUAGAGGUUUGGGACUGGGACAGAACCUCACGCAAUGACUUCAUGGGCGCUCUGUCAUUCGGGGUGAGUGAGAUAUUCAGACGGUCUGUCAGCGGCUGGUUCAAACUGCUCAACCAGGAUGAGGGAGAAUAUUAUAACAUCCCUGUGCCUGAUCCAGACCUGCAGGUACCAGAGGAGAUUCUGAUGCCCUCAAUUCCUCCUACUCCUUCUCCUGUGACGACGCCUGUUCCCGCUGUGACCCCACCGGCUUUGAGCCCAGCUCCUGCUGUCCUGCACACGGGUAAAGGCCACAUCGGGCUGCACGAUUUCAACUUCCUCAUGGUUCUGGGAAAAGGGAGUUUUGGCAAGGUCCUGUUGGCAGAAGAGAAGGGCAGCGAGCGCUUGUUUGCCAUAAAGAUGUUAAAGAAAGACGUGCUGUUUCAGGACGAGGACACAGAGAGCGCCAUGGUGGAGAGAAGAGUGCUGGCCCUCUCGGGACGACCUCACUUCCUGACCUCGCUCUACUGCGCCUUUCAGACCGAGGAUCGUCUGUAUUACGUCAUGGAGUAUGUGAAUGGCGGUGAUCUUAUGUUUCACAUCCAAAUCGUUGGCAAGUUUAAAGAACCACAUGCAGCGUUUUAUGCUGCUGAGAUUGCUGUAGGUCUGUUCUUCCUGCACAACAAAGGCAUCAUAUACAGAGAUCUGAAACUGGACAAUGUCUUACUGGACAGCGAAGGACACAUAAAGAUAGCAGAUUUCGGGAUGUGUAGGGAAGGCAUGAUGGAAGGAGACACCACCCGGACCUUCUGUGGCACACCUGAUUACAUCGCGCCAGAGAUUGUGGCAUAUCAGCCCUAUGGUAAAGCAGUGGAUUGGUGGUCAUAUGGCGUUCUCCUUUAUGAGAUGCUGGCUGGGCAGCCUCCUUUUGAUGGCAUAGAUGAGGAGGAGCUGUUUCAGUCCAUCAUGGAACAGAGUGUUUCAUAUCCUAAGAGUCUCUCUCGGGAGGCCGUGGCCAUCUGUAAAGGGCUCCUCACCAAGAACCCUGCUAAGCGUUUGGGAGGAGGAGAGGAUGCGGAGAGAGAGCUGCGGGAGCAUCCUUUUUUCCGCUGGAUAGACUGGGACAGACUGGAGAGACUGGAGAUCCAGCCUCCUUUCAAGCCCAGAAGUGGGGGCAAAAAAGGAGAGAACUUUGAUAAGUUUUUCACAUCCACCUCGUCCGCCCUCACACCUUCUGACCCUGAUGUUCUCGCAGCAAUAAAUCAAGAGGAAUUCCAAGACUUCACCUUCAUGAAUUCAGAGUUUCCCCCUUCACCCCUCACUGCUGUCUGAGAAUACCUUAAUCAGUUCACACAUACCAAUUUCAGACUCUUGGAUCGUUCUUCAUAAAAAAUUGUGUAAUUUGGCUUCAGCUUGCUUACAGUUAGAACAGCCUUUACCUUCUAAAACUACAUCACACAUAUGUCGAAGUGCCCCAUUAUGCUUUUUUUUAAAGGUUUUAAAUUUUAAGAGGUCUCCUUCCAUAUUUUUACAUUUUCAAAAUUGUCAAUAAGUGUUUACAGAACACAACUCAGUCUCAGUAAUCCUGACAUCUGGCAUGCUUGAAAUCCUCUGUAUUUGACAAAUGUAAUAUAACAGCAACCAGAUACUUAUGUCUGCCAAUUUUAACUAAGCUACUGUCAAAAAAGGAGUUGUUUUGUUUAUGUUUGGAAGGCUGCUUCACUCUUGUAGUGUUGCCAGUUGUUAUAAAUAAUGCGUUGUAAGAGUUGCUGGGCUUAAAGGCACAAUAUUUUAUUGCACCAUAGAAAAAAUAUACAUUAUCCUAAACAUUUGGAAGCAUGUUUAAAUCAUAUUAAUAGUAUUGUCACAGAAUCCUAAAAUGUAUUUAGUAUGAUAAAACAGAGCCGCCACCAGAAGAACCGGAAGUAGUCAACUGGCAUAGUAAAAGCUUGCAGCUGGGUUUGCAAGGUUGCACUCGUCUCUUAUCAGCAAUAGCUUCAGUGAUCUCAUUCCUCUUCGGGAGGGGAAACUUCAAUGCUGUGUGGAAACUUCCACUAUGUGGAUUUCGUCAGAAUCCAAUCAUCUGAAAAAGUAUGUACAUGGGCCAAUGAAAUGCCAAUGAGUUGGCAGCGUCAGCAUGCACAGCUGUCGCUACUAACAAUCACUUUGGAAUAAAAGCGCAGCGGGUGCCAAGUUGAGCAUCCUUUUCACUUCAGAUCUUUUCACGAAGCUUCUGAGAGAGUUGAUAAGGGCUUUCUCUGACUGUUACGACAGAGAGAGAGAGAACGAGCAAGCUGCUUAUCCCGGUACAGAGUGUGUGAUAUGUGGCAGACAGUCGAGCCGGGUUUCUUCCUUGCCUGGCAUUCUUUGGGUUUGGUCCUCCAGAGCGGUAUAUAUUGUUGCAAAUUUUCUAAAAGAGCAACACGGCCGUGUAGUGCGUCUUUUUCAAGACAUCGCUGCAACUGUGGGUUUCUGGAUGUGGUGGUUUCCUGUCCUCUGAUGAUGGGCACGAGCACUGAGUUUCAUGUCUGGGGGUCCAGCAUGUUAAUGCAGUGCUCGCGGGCAGUGCAUGCCAUUAUUGCAGUGGCAUGCCUGUUGCGCAGCUAAGAUCGCGGCUUGCUCUUGCAAAGGGGCCACCCACCCCAGUUGUACCCCGCUUCACGGUGGGCACUCAGGCAGAUCUGGGGGUUACAGUGGGAGUAAAUCUGCCGCCCUCGAGCUUAUAGACCUUUCGCUCCUCCACGCACUCCAUCCAAGCUUCGAGUGAGAGAAGCGCUCUGUCCUCGAACCCACUCCCUAUACCUAUGUCUCCACCCUGUACGCUAUGGCCACCUACCAGCGCUACCAUGCGCAGGUACUGGCACAGCUGCAUGAGGGUGGUUCCGACCCAGGCAUGUUGUGCCUGCACCGCACCCAACUGUGCUCUAGAAAUCAAAAGUCCGCUGCGUGUGCUCUGGGAAGGACGAUGGCCACAUUAGUGGUCCAGGAAUACCACCUCUGGCUAUACCUUAAGAAAAGAUAUGCGCAAAGUUGAGAAAGUUCGCUUUUUUAACUCGCCCAUAUCCUAGGCUGGCCUGUUCAGUGACACCAUCUGUGGAUUCACCCAGGAAUUCACGGCAGUGCAGUCGGAUACGAUGGGUCAUCUAUCCACAUCCACUGCUUGUUGCUGAGAGGGCCCGAUUAUGAAAGCUUCUCUGACCCACCUGCGCCUCCGGCCAAGCAGCAGCACCAAGCACCUCACAGGCAACCAGCGCUGCCUGCCCCAGGGCACCACUAAGUACGAUAAAUGGACCACGAAGCGCCCCUGACAUGGGCCAUCUGGAGAAAAGGCACUUCUUCCCUGGUGGGGGGUCAGGGAUCUUCAUCUAACGACACUUAAAAAAGUAUCGAACCUCAGAGAUAGCAUUUUUCCCUUCUCCGUAUGUGACAGCCGCAGGAUUGUUGCACUUUGCAAGUGGCUUGCAAGCUGUGGGAGGACAGUCUCCCUUCUCUCACACUUCCAGACCCUCUUUCUGCUCCUAGGUGCGAGAUGAGAAUGACUUUCUUGCCUCCUGCUCUUCCGUGGGACCCCCAUGCUCCCCAGAUUAGCCCUCCCACUCUACACGCCCCACUGCUGGUAUGUCAGCGAUCGUAGCGAUGAAGCCACUAGUGAGGGCUCUGCCUGCCUAGUUAGUGCGGGCCAGCCCUUCGCGGUGGCUCAUACGCAUGAUCAGACUUGGCUAAGCGAUUCAAUUUAUGAAACGGCCUCCCAAAUUCACAAGUGUGUAUCUCACCAGGGUCAGCCCUGUGCCCAUCCCUGUUUUGCAAGAGAAGGUUGCGGUCCUCCUGGCGACUGAUGUAAUCUAAUGGGUCCCUCCAGCCGAGAUGGAGAGUGGGUUUUACAGCCUGUACUCCAUCGUGCCCAAAAGAGCAGUAGGCUACGGCCAAUCCUUGAUCUGUACAUUUUGAACGGCGCUUUUCACAAGCUGGUGUUCGGAAUGCUUACACAGAAGCGUAUCCUCCGGUGCGUUCAUCCUCGGGAUUUUUCUGCAGCAAUAGACCUGAAGGGCGCGUGUCCCCAUACUUCCACGCCACCGUCAGUUUCUGCAGUCUGCGUUUGAAGGUCGAGCCUGGCAGAACAAGUCCUCCCCUUCGGGAUCAAUUAACUGUGUACAGAGACAGAGUGCUUCGACACCCCAACCUAUUGGGGCUUCAGAACAACCGAGAAAAGAGUCCCAGUGCAGACCAUCUCUUUUCUCUGGUUGAAGCUGGACUUGAUCAACAUGACGGUGUGCCUCCCUCGAGAGCACGCCCAGCUGAUGCUGACCUGUCUGAGAGAGUUCGACAGAGAGACUGUGGUCCCACUGAUAUUUUUCAGAGGCUCCUGCAGCAUAUGGCAUUCACAGCCGCUGUCUCGCGGCUCGGGUGCUCCAUAUGAGACCGCUUCUGCACUGGCUUCAUGAUCCGGUCCCAAAACGUGCAUGGCAUACGAGCGCGCACCAGGUGCCUGUUACUCUGCUGUGUCACCACGCCCUCAGCCUCUGGAUGGACCCUGCAUUUCUAUAGGCCGUGCUCCCACUGAGUCAUAUGCGGCGCUAUCACUGCAUUUCAUUCUUUCCAACCAAGCUCAACCAUGCAGACAAUGCGCUCUUACAGCAGUUUCACCUGGGAAAAUGGAGACUCCACCCCCAACUGUCCAGCUGUUAUGGGCUGUGCCUUUCUCUCUAACACAGAGAUACGUGCGCUCUCUUGCUUGAGUUAAGUGUUGGCCCGUUACGUAAUUGGCAUGCCUGCUAAUCCGCCCAUGUUCUGGGUAUAGGUGCGCGCUAUGUGCGAUCCCUGCUGGCGAUCCCAAAUGCUCACUCAGAAACGAUGUAGUCCCCCCCUCCCAGUCGAAUCUGUGUCUUUCCUUCCAGCUAACCAUCUUUUUCCUAUGCGUACUCCUUCUUCUCAAGGCUAGUCCAUAUGUUCUCUUGCCACCAUGUCUCCCCACUUGGGCAGCAGAUGACCCCCGCAGCCUCCUCCCUAUCAGGACUCCAUGCUUUCCCAAUAUACUGUCGUAUUAAAAGUGUGAUAAGUAAGGGCCAGUGAACACAUUGGAAGACCGCACCUCUGGUGAUGCAGGUGCGCUCACGUUCUUGGCUUGGCAUAACCUCUUAUUGGGGGCAAGGUAGUUUAAAUUAUUGUGGCGUUUUCCAUACAUUUCCCCAUAGUGGAAGUUUCCACAUAGCAUCCCCGAAGGGGAACACUCUGAUUACCAAAAGGGGGAGGAACUGAAAUGCUUUGUUCCAUUGCCACAAUGAUUGCCCCUUAGCUGGUGGGCGUGAAAGUCUCUUCAGCUAGAUAAGGAUGCUCAGCUUGGCACAUGGCACGUGCUGCGCUUUUAUUCCAAAUUGAUUGUAAGUAGCAACAGCUGUGCAUGCUGACGCUGCCAACCCGUUUAUAUACUCUUUCAGAUGAUUGGACUCCCCAAAGUGGAAGUUUCCACGUAGCAUUUCCAUUCCCCCUCUCGAGGAACGAGGGUUAUUUUAGUUAGCGAUUUGCUUUGACAACUUUCCAACCACUUUUCUAUUGCUUUUCAAUGCAAAUGUGCUUGUUAGAUGUCCAUAAGCAUUACGCUUGAUUCUUUUGAAGCGCUGUACAUAAGUGCUGCAUUUUUUAGAUGCCAUGUCAAGUUAGAAAAACUUAAGUUUUAAGGUUAUUGAACACUGAAUUAAAAAUUUUCAUAUAUUUUCUCCGCAUGUUAAAAAUUAAAUUUGAAAAUUUCAUCCAUCAUAAAAAAUUAGAUUCAUGAUUGAUUUUUUUUUUUUAAAUGCAUUUUGAGAGGUGUUUUAAUCCAGGUUUUAUUUAUGCAGCUCUUUAAAAAGGAGAUGGAACUCUCCUUCCUCUCUCCACAAUAUACAGGCAGAUUUAUACUUCUGCGUCAGGUGCAUGCAUGUGCUCUGGUGCAGCCUUUGUGUGGUCGCAUAGCCCUCGCCCUGGCUGAUGCAGACACUGGCGCACACCUCUCAAAAAAUGUACAUGUUGCAACGACGUGUAGCGCAGGCUUUGUGAUUGGUUGGCUUGGUAGCUGUGACAAGUGUGGGCAGUGCUGAGAAUCGCGAGCCUGAUGGAGUGUUUACAAGUAUUGAGUUCUGUGAGGCAGCACUAGAUAGAAACUUUUGUUUUGUGUUAACCUUAUGAUUAAAGUUGUUGCAUGUUUGAGUUUUAGCUACUUGUAGUGUUCAGAAAAAAACAAAACACCCGUGAAUAAACUCGACACAAAGGAACAUAAAAAUACUCACGGCAUCAUUUGAUGUAGAAGUAUAAACCAGCCUUGAGGGGAUGGACCCAUUAUUUCCUCUUUCGUUUUUUAAGCAGGGAGAAAACAACAAAAUCAUUUUCACUACUCAAAGACAUUUUGUAUUGUUUUGUGAAUUAUUUCGCAAAGAUCAAUACGCAUUGGACUCAAUGUGAAAAGUGUGCGACAAUUUUUCUGAUUUAAAUUCCAACAAAUCGCAUACGAAAAUUUCCGACUUCAGUGUGCAAUGACCUUUACACACAGCGCUGCUUAUUAGUGUCAGUUCCAAAGCAGUGCACCAAUCAGAAGAACUUGAAGGAAUGGGGUAAGCAUUGCAAGCGGCUGUGUUCAUAUUACCAUAAGUUUUGAAAACAUUAGUUCAUCCAUCAAGAUAAUUUCUGUUGAAGUCCGAUUGGAUGUGAUGAACACGUACACUCUCGUGAUCCCACACUCUCUGCAUUCUCAUCAAAAUUCACCUUUUUUUUUGUUGUGAAUAUGCGCUCUCUAGUGGCAAAAUAUACAUACUGUGCUUUCAAGCAAUCCAGUUUAUGAACUUAACCGAGUAUGUUAUGUAGCACAUGUUUUUCUUAUUUUGUUUUGAGGCUUAUUUAUUUUUAAGUUGAAGAGUUUGGAUGAAGUGCUUAAUUCUAAUUUGCUGUUACUAGUAAGUAAGUAUGUACCACAUGUGCAUAUCACAUACCUGUGAUUUCUGCACAGAAGAGACAUGUCUCUACAGGAUGAUACAUAUUUAAUUACAUCCUUUACCAUUAGUGUUGUUCUUGUAUGAUAUACUUAUAGAAGAGCAUUGUGUAACUAUCAGAAACAGUUCCUAAUUUUGUUUGCUACCAGUAUUUGAACAACAUUUACACUGACAGCAUACGAGUGUAAAUUUCUUUGUAGUUCAGGACUGCAUAAAAAUACUGAUCCCUUAUCAUGCACAGUAAAGAAACAUGAAUAAAUGAGAAAGUAAAGUGCACAAUAUGUGCAUGAUAUUACAGUUAUUUAUUAACUGCAAAUCUGAACGUGAACAGCAAGACACAAUGAUCAGUUUAACUCUCUUUGCCACUAUUAUUGUGUUUAAAUAGUCAAUUACGAUCAAGAUUAAAAUAAUUAAUUAUAAUUCCCUAUUCCUUUCAUAUUUAAAACACUAAAUGAACUGUAAAAGCAUGAUAUGGGGCACUUUAAUCCUCUUUAACAUUUCAACAAACAAAGCUUUAAUAAUAUUUAGCUGGUCCACUCAGCUUGAAAUAUUUAAGGGUCAUACAUUCAUGUCAUUAUCUCAUGGUACAAUAUAUAGAGUCUUAUUGGAUAGGGAUGCUAGUAGUUGGCAUGACCUAAUUAUAAAAGACAGCACUAUAGAAACCAACAUGACAUGAUUUCCCCCAUGUUUUAAAGUUCACUUCAAGCUGGUUAUUUAAUCUCUGAUCAAACUAGUGCUGUUCUGCUUGUCUUUGUGUGUGUGUGUGUGGUCCUGUUUGCUCUGGUUUGGUUUAGUUAACCAAAUGAGUGUACACUGGUUAGCAAACACAUUUAAUUCUUCAGAUGUAAGCAUCAGACCAGUGGUAUAAACGCUCAAAAUUUUGAUUUAGGAGUCACACACGACAGCUAGUGUAGAUGUAAAAAAAUAUAUAUUUAAAAAAAGAGCAUAUUAUACUAUUUGUUUGUGACAUGAAUGUUACUGUAUAAAUCUGUAGGUGCAUCAGAAAUUCAAAUAAGGUUGUAUACAUAAUCUUAGUCUUUUAAUAAAAUAAGUCUUUUGGACCCGUGACUUGAAAAACACUCAGAUUUAGAUAUUUAUGAAUUAUUCCAUACAUGUAUUUGCAUAUCUAUAUAGAGUAUGUGGAGUGUAUUAUAAAGUAAACAUGUUGAUGUUUAUUCAGAGUGCAUAACUGAAUUUUUAUAUGAAUGUGUUAGCAUUUUUAAAUCAGCACAAAAUAAAAAAAAGUCCAUGUCAAGGUAUUUUUGGCGACUUCUAGCAUCAAGCAAAAGCUUCCCCAGGUGUCGUCAUUCAGAUAUUUUAUUUAUUUACAAAAUGUAGAAGUGAUUAAAUGUAAGCAUUAGUUGUUAUAAUUUCUUCGAUCUGCUCAAGUUUGUGGAUGAAAUCAUUGCUGUGGAGUGUAUAUUAUAAAUAUGACUUCAUUAGACACUGUGAGGUCUCAAAGAUCAGCAUGCACUUGUCUUGCAUAGCAAAAAUAAAUAAAUAAAUAAAAAUUCAUGAUGCCUGACCUGGAAAGACCCGAGUCUGCAGACUGUGCUAAAACUGUCCAUCUAAUACUACUUGAAAGUUGCUCUGGCAACAAAACACUGCCAACUGAAAACUAUCAACAUUUUGUGUGUACUGUUUUGACAGAUGGGAGAGGAACUACAUGUUGAAUAAAAGGUGUUGUAAAGGAAGGAUGGAGUAAAUAAGUUAAAGUUUAAAUUGGCUGUAUGUAAAUACUUUCAUGCACCAAUUGCUUUUAUAUGUCUUAACAGUUGUUAUGAAACUAUUAAAACGAGACCUCUUUGGCUUCCUAAGUUGCCUA